AUGGCGCUUCUAAUUGGAUUUUCUGUCUCUUCUGGAUACGUGGAUCUGUCGAGAGAGAAAGCAACUAGUCAGACUUUAACCUGGCCAUGUCCACAUCGUGAAUGUAAAGACCAGUAUAUCUCAAAAAAUGCAGUGGAUAGAGAUAAAGACACGUGUACAAGACAAAGUGUGAUAGGAGGACGUUCUGAGGAUAAGACUGGGAGAUGGAAAGUGGAUUUGGGUGCUAUUUACAGUAUAUAUAGCAUAAAUAUACUGUUUAAGGACAUUCCUGAACACAGGUGCAACGAAACUUUUUAUGGGAUGAAUUGUGAAAAAAUGUGUUCUCUCAACUGUGAAAACCAAAGAUGUAAUAUUAUAAAUGGAACAUGCCUGAGAUGUAGGCCAGGAUGGACUGGAAUGUUAUGCAAAAGUGUGUGUCCAAGGGGAUGGUAUGGGCAUGGUUGUAAAAAACAGUGUUCCGGUCAUUGUAGAAACAAUGACAUCUGCGAUCAUGUGACCGGUCGUUGUGACAAUGGAUGUGCUGACGGAUGGAUAGGAAGGAAUUGUGAAGAAUCAUGUAAAGAUGGAAACUACGGUCCAGGUUGUGUAAAUAACUGCAGCGGUCACUGUCUAAAUGAUUCCCAUUGUAACAAACAAACUGGACACUGUGACACAGGGUGUAAACCAGGAUACACAGGGGAUUUAUGUAACUUAGCAUGCACCCUAGGAUACUUUGGGAACCAAUGCAGGGAACUUUGCAGCCAGAAUUGUUGGAAUGAUGAGAUCUGUAAACACACGGACGGAAUUUGUACAAGUGGAUGCAAAGAUGGAUAUAUCGGAGGAAGGUGUAACAAAUGGCUCGUUAGAGCUGAUCAGGUAUCUAAUGCUCCUUCAUCUGAUACGCUUACUGCUAUUGGGGUUGUUGGUCCGUUAGCAGUUGUCAUCAUCAUUGUUGUUUUGGUCAUUUUAGUUAUCCGAUAUAAAAGAAAAUCUUCAGAGACGUCAACUAAACAGAAAAAUGUUCUGAACAUGAAGCAUAUUUCUAUUGUGGACCAAGUGAACAGAGAAUCAUCAUCAGAACACAGCAACGUACAAGAUACAGACAUUAUUCAUAACUCAAAAGACAAUGACGUUGAAAAUGAGUGUGCCAAGAGAGGGCCACCGACGAAUAAAUGUAUACCAGUGAAUAAUUUACAAAGCAUCAUAUAUAAAAUGUCUGCCUCAGAGGAUACCGACUUUCAGUAUGAAUAUCAGGAUAUCCCAAAAGGUGAACUCCAUCCAUGUCAGGAAGCCAAUCGACCAGAAAAUAAAGCUAAAAAUAGAUACAAAACAACGUUUCCAUAUGACCACUCCCGAGUCGUAUUGAAAACCUCAUCGCCAAGUGAGGGGGAUUAUAUUAAUGCCAGUUAUAUAGAGGAUGUUCAGGGUAAACGCUCCUACAUCGCCACGCAAGGUCCUAAGCCAAAGACGAUUGCUGAUUUCUGGAAAAUGAUUUGGCAGGAGGAUGUAUCCAUUAUUGUGUGUCUGACCAAUCUCAAAGAAGGGGCAAAGAUCAAAUGCGCGCAAUAUUGGCCAAACAUUAACGACAAAUUACAAAGUGGAGAUUUUAAUAUCAGAAACAUAGAAGAAAAAGUUUAUGCUAAUUAUACCAAAAGACAUUUCAAAGUCUUCAAACACUUGGAACAAACGGAUAGAGAGGUUGUGAUGUUUCAUUAUACAAGGUGGCCAGACCAUGGAGUUCCUGAUCCACUAAGUCUUGUUGUGUUCCAUCGUCACGUGAUGAGAGUGUCUUCUAAAUACCCGGGAAAAUACAUUGCUGUGCACUGCAGUGCUGGAAUCGGUAGAACAGGUACGUACAUUGCUUUAGACGCCCUCUAUCGGGAAGGGGAGAGAAAUGGUAAAGUUAAUGUACCGAUGUACGUCAGGACCAUGAGAAAAGACAGAAUGAACAUGAUACAAGGAGAUGAACAAUACAAAUCUGUCUAUUUGGUACUUUACGAAUCGUUCGUGGAAAAAUCGCGAUGCAUGACAACUGAGCAAAUUUUACAAGCAGAUCAAGAUACUUUGUGUUACGCCAAUUGUGGAGAAGUUACAUCAAACCCUUUGUCUGCAGAUUUUAAGAAGUUGCUGUCGCUUAGAAAAACUUAUACAGAUAAGGACUAUGAAUCAGGAAAUACAAAUAUGGCAGCCAACUACACAAAGGAUGUACUUCCUGUUGAAGAAUUCAUGUGCCGGUUAACAUAUUCCAAAGGGAGAUCCACAUAUUACAACGCUGUUUUUCUCCAGUCUUACAAAGAAAAUGAUAGUCUCAUCACUGCCCAGUAUCCAGUACAAGACUACACUGAAGACUUCCUAAGGCUGGUAAAGGAUAUGAAUGUCCGCGUAGUUGUCUUUCUUUGCCCAUUAUCUGAUUUGGAAUCCUCCCCUCUUUGGUUCCCAUCCAAAAAUAUGGAGAAAACCGUUGGAAGUUUUACAAUAAAGCUAACUUCGUGUGAAGAUUCGGCGAAUGUUUCCAAGACAAGUAUACAUCUUAAACCAAAGGGAUGCAGUUCAAUGAGAGUGACUGUGCUUGAAUGUCCAAAAUUGAAAGGAGGACUCUCUAUUGCGGACAAGAGAGACUUAGUGGACAUUGUCAAGGCGGCAAAAAGUGAAAACUUUGAUCACGGAAACAGACUUCUCAUACUGUCCAGUGAUGGAGCCACACGUUGUGGAGCAUUCUGUGUGGUCUAUAACGCUCUAGAACAACUUUCAAUGGAUCAGGAAGUGGAUAUUUUCACCAUUACACGGCAACUUCAGAUCCGUAGACCGGAGUUUUUGUCCAACUUAGAGGAAUAUCAGCUUUGUCAUGAGGCUGUUGCAGAAUAUUUGAGAAAUGACAGUGUAUACGCAAAUUUCUAGUAUAAGGGAGUUUACCCUCAAAAGUCACUAUGUUUUGAAAAGACAAAAAAUGUGUGUUUUUUUCUGUUUCAUUUGUGAUUAAUUUUUGUUAAGAUAUGGUACUUUUGUGUAGUUAUGAGA